AUGACGGACAAUCAACCACCACCAGUGCCGGGAUCAAGCGCUUUUUCGUUCCAACAAGCGCUGGCCCAAAUCCUCCAGCAACAGCAACAACUGUUUUCAAAGUUGUCCGAACAGCUGGAUGCCACUAAGCGCUGUUUUAAGGAAUUGUCCCGUGAUGAUGUUGCCCUAGAAUCACUAGCGAGUAACAUCACAGAGUUCAACUACGAUCCAGACCAGGGUUGUACCUUCGAUGCCUGGUUCUGCCGUUACUCCGAGCUGUUCGACAAAGAUGCAGCGAAACUCGACGACGCUGCAAAAGUGCGGCUUUUAAUGAGGAAGCUAAGCCCCGCCGCGCAUGAGCGGUACACUUCGUUCGUCCUUCCAAAACUGUCGAAGGAGUUCAGCUUUGCGGAAACCACCGAAACGCUGAAAAAGCUAUUCGGAUCUCCUGUCUCCGUAUUUCAUCGGCGAUUCCAAUGCCUUCAAACGGCAAAAGAAGAUUCGGAGGACAUUUUGGCGUAUUCCUGUAAAGUGAACAGAAUGUGUGUGGAUUUUAAGUUAUCAGACAUCUCUGAAGAACAUUUUAAAUGUCUGAUAUUUGUUUGUGGACUCAAAUCGCCCAAAGACACUGACAUCCGGAUGCGCUUAAUAAAUAAAUUAAACGAAUCUGCUGAUGUGACGUUGGCGAAAAUUGUGGAAGAAAGCCGGAAUCUCAUGAACCUUAAAAGUGAUAAUGUGAUGGUCGAGAAACUCUCACAACCGGCAGUGAACUCAGUGAAUAAAAGUGAUAGCAAGUUUCCGAAACAACACCGAAAGUCAUCCAGUGAUUUCGGAAACAAAACUACCACCGAUCAACCGCGGAGUCCCUGCUGGGCAUGUGGAGGCAUGCACUUCGCGAAUGAGUGCCAUUUUCGGGAUCACCAGUGUCGUGAGUGCGGGAAAAAAGGCCACAGGGAAGGCUACUGUGCCUGCUUUCUCGGGAAAUCGGCUGGAAAACAAAAAAGUGCAAAACACAAGAAGUCAACGAAAGUGGUGUCGAUAAACGCAGUCAACCGCAGUAGGAAAUAUGCGGAGGUGUUGAUAAAUAAUGUCCCAGUUCGGCUGCAGGUCGACUCUGCUUCGGACAUAAGUGUAAUCACCGAGGCAUUGUGGAAGCAGAUCGGCAAACCUGCCGCCCACCCACCAUCAUGCCAGGCGAUAACAGCAUCGGGCGAUCCUCUACCGCUCGCUUCGGAAUUCUGGUGUGAUGUAAACAUAAACGGCACUUCCAAACGAGGUUUAUGUUACGUCGCUUCUCCGAAAGUGAACCUAUCCGUACUGGGCACCGAUUGGAUAGAGAUGUUUGGCUUGUGGGACGUCCCGUUUAACACGUUCUGCAAUCAAGUAACCAGCAGCAAAGAUCCAUCGUCCAAAAUCGUGGCAGAUCUGCAAUCUAAGUUCUCCGAAGUGUUCACCAGUCGUAUGGGUCUGUGCACCAAGACCAAAGUGCAGUUGUCACUCCGUGGAAAUCCGAAACCAGUGUUCCGUGGUAAACGCCCCGUAUCCUACAGCAUGGAAGGUGUUGUUGAGGAUGAAAUCCAGCGCUUAGUCAAUCUCGGCGUCCUGCAGCCGGUCGAUUUUUCGGACUGGGCCGCGCCGAUUGUGGUCGUCCGCAAACCAAACGGUACCGUUCGCAUCUGUGCCGACUUCUCCACAGGACUCAACAGUGUGCUGGAAGCAAAUCAAAAUCCACUUCCUUUGCCAGAGGAUAUAUUCACCAGCAUGUCCGGUUGUCGAUUUUUCACUCACAUCGACCUCUCGGACGCCUAUCUUCAAGUCCAGGUGGACGAAAAUAGCCAGCAUCUCCUCACCAUAAACACCCACAAAGGGUUGUUCCGCUUCACACGACUUUCUCCGGGUAUCAAAUCUGCCCCGGGAGCAUUCCAGCAGAUAGUCGAUGCCAUGCUAAGCGGAUUUCAGUGCACUCGUGGCUACUUGGAUGAUCUUCUGGUUGGAGGAAAAUCGGAGGACGAACUGAACCGGAACGUACACCAGGUUCUAAGCCGACUCCAGGACUACGGUUUCACGGUUCGCAUUGAAAAGUGCCGGUUCAAUAUGCGACAAAUCAAAUAUCUGGGACAGAUCCUCGACACCGAUGGUAUUCGGCCCGACCCGGAUAAGGUUUCCGCCAUUGCAGCAAUGCCAGCACCGCACGACGUACCGACACUCCGCUCAUACCUGGGGGCGGUAAAUUAUUACUCCAAGUACAUCCCCGAAAUGCGCCAGCUGAGAUUUCCCAUGGACCAACUUCUGAAAACAGGAGUCAAGUGGGAGUGGAGUGGCGCGUGUCAACAAGCGUUCGACCGAUUUAAAAAGCUUCUACAAUCGCCGCUCGCUCUCACCCACUACGACCCGAAGCAGGAAAUAAUAGUCUCGGCCGACGCAUCAUCAGUGGGCAUUGGUGCACGAAUCGCUCACCGUUUCCCCGACGGGACUAUUAAAGCUGUUUGUCACGCUUCCCGCAGUUUGACCCCGGCUGAAACCAAUUACAGCCAGAUUGAAAAAGAGGGUCUAGCUUUGAUUUUCGCCGUGACACGCUUUCAUCGAAUGCUGUUUGGGAGGCACUUUACUCUCGAGACGGAUCACAAACCACUGUUGGCCAUCUUCGGAUCCAAAAAAGGAAUCCCUAUCUACACAGCCAACAGACUGCAGAGGUGGGCGUUGACAUUGUUGUUGUACGACUUCACCAUACAGUACGUUUCGACUGAUAGCUUCGGGCAUGCAGACGUUUUGUCUCGGUUGAUCAACACGCACAUUCGACCAGACGAAGAGUUUGUUAUUGCGUCAAUUGAGCUGGAGAAGACCAUCCAUUCCGUCGUUCAACAAUCCUUGGAGGUGUUACCGUUAACUUUCAAGGCUAUUCAAGCGGAAACACAAUCCGAUCCGAUACUCAGGCAAGUUCUACGUUUCGUCCAGCAGGGCUGGCCGAAAAGUAAAUCGGAUCUCAGCGACACACAACUCCAGCAAUUCUACUUGCGUCGCGAUGGCCUGUCUUCUUCUUCGGGGUGCCUGACCUAUGGAGAAAGGUUAGUUAUUCCAGCGAAAUUCCACAAGAAAAUUCUCCACCAGCUGCACAAAGGCCACCCAGGUGUGGAUCGAAUGCGUUCGAUCUCCAGAAACUACGUAUAUUGGCCUGGUAUCGACGACAGCAUCGCUCAACUUGUUCGCGCCUGCACCGAGUGCGCUAGUGUAGCCAAAACCAACAGAAAAACAACUCUUGAAUCCUGGCCAGCUCCCACCAAACCCUGGCAAAGGAUUCACAUCGACUAUGCUGGGCCAGUCGAUGGUAUGUAUUAUUUGAUUCUCGUCGACGCGUUCAGCAAAUGGCCCGAGGUAGUCCCAACUAAACGGAUCACUACGGCUGAUACUUUAAUCAUCCUCCGUAGUAUUUUCGCCAGAUUUGGCAUGCCGGAAACCCUGGUUAGCGACAACGGUCGGCAAUUGGUCAGCGAAGAAUUCGAGCGAUACUGCGAAGUGAAUGGAAUUUUGCAUCUAAAAACACCACCAUUCCACCCGCAGUCUAACGGACUUGCUGAACGUUUUGUCGACACGUUCAAAAGGACACUGAAGAAAAUUACAGCAGGGGGAGAGGUCCUAGCAGAAGCCAUAGACACUUUUCUUCUUUGUUAUCGCUCCACCCCGUGUCGCGGUGCACCGGAUGGAAAAACGCCAGCUGAAGUUCUUUUGGGUAGGCCAGUGCGCACGUCUCUCGACUUACUCAAACCACCGUCCCAGUACUUUUCGAAAACCACCAAGCAAGAUCAGCAGUUUAAUCGAAAACACGGUGCCAAGGCCAGAAGCUAUGAACGUCAGGACCUGGUCUGGGCAAAAGUCUACGAAAACAACUCCUGGUGCUGGGAACCGGGUCAAAUUUUAGAAAGAGUAGGAAAUGUAAUCUACAACGUAUGGCUCCCACAGAAAUCAAAACUAAUUCGAUCGCACUGCAACCAGAUGAGGCAACGGUGCGAGUCUGCAGAAGAAUCAAUUAAGUCCAAGUCCUCGGCCAGAAUCCCACUAUCUAUUUUACUCGAUUCUUGGGGUUUGUCCGAGUCGAAUUCGGUUCCAGAAGACAACAACGAAGUUCGAACUAACUCUGGUUUAAUACCUGCUCUCGUACAACAGGAAAUGGAAUCAACUACCAGACCACAUCGUAGGCAGCCUCACCCAGCUAAUCCGCCCAUACCUCGCCACUCUUCGAGGACCAGAAGAGCACCAGUGCGUUAUGAGCCGUAUCACCUGUAUUAA